AUGCACUUCUCUUGGCCUCAUCUCCGCGUCCCAAAGGCUCGCUCGGCCUUUGCAGAGGGAAAUGCUCGCUGGACUAAUCGUGAUCUUGAUCCGAUUGCUCGUCUUGAUCGCAAGUGGGGAGUUGCGAGUCUCAUAGCUUACUGGAUUUCCGAUGCCUUCAACGCCGCUACUUGGCAAUUUGCCAGUAGUAUUAUCGCGGUCGGAUUAACCUACCGCGAGGCCCUCGCGAUCGUGGCCAUCUCCUUCUUCAUCAUGUCCUUCGUCAUUGCGGGGAACGGUGCGGUCGGCGCCAUUUACCACGUCCCUUUCCCCGUCAUUGCACGCGCCAGCUGGGGCUUCUGGGGCUCAUAUAUUGCCAUUAUCUCCAGACUCAUCCUUGCAAUCUUCUGGUUCUCGAUUCAAAAUGUAAAUGGAGCCAAUGCGGUCCGAGUCAUGAUCGGAGCCAUCUGGCCGAGCUAUCUGACGCUGCACAACGAUAUCCCCGAAUCUCAGGGCAUCACGACCAAUACUAUGAUCGGGUUUCUCAUUUUCUGGAUCGUCCAACUCCCUUUUCUCUGCUUACACCCCAACCGACUGCGUUGGCUAUUCACCGUGAAAUCCGUCCUGGUUCCCAUCGCGUGGAUCGCCAUUUUGAUUUGGGCCUUUGUAGCAGAGAAAGCCAACAUGACCAGUGUGCUUGGAAACUAUGCCACACUCAGUGUUAACCAGUCGGAUUUCUCCCGCUAUUCGCGCGUCAGCCCUCGAUGGCAACUUCUCUAUAUUCCCAUGCUACCAAUCGUCUUCACUUUCAUCUCAUUCAUUGGUAUUGCAGCAUCAUCCGCCGGCCAAGCCCAUUAUAACCUAGCAGAGCUCCCCUGGGACCCACUGGUUCUCAUCAGCUACUGGCCAAACCGGGCAUGUCGGUUCUUCGCUGGUUUCUCAUUCGCCCUCGCAUCGUUGGGUGUUAAUAUCUCGGCCAAUUCCAUAUCAGCCGCCAAUGAUUUCACAGCUCUUGCCCCCGAGGUACUUAAUAUUCGUCGUGGUCAGAUACUCUGUGCCAUAUUGUCGUGGGCCCUCGUCCCUUGGAAGAUUCUGGCAUCGGCAGGUAACUUCCUCACAUUCAUGUCUGCGUAUGCGAUCUUUCUCGGUCCCAUUGCGGCAAUCAUGUUGUUUGACUUUUGGGUCGUCAAUCGUCGUCGAUACGAUUCUCUGGCACUAUAUCAGCCCUGGAACCCGAUUUACCGGUAUAACUGGAAGCUUCCUGGUUUAUCACGAUCGAUAUACGGCAUAAAUUGGCGCGCUCUUGUCGCCUUCCUGGUCGGCGUCGCCCCGAAUCUACCCGGUCUCAUUAAUGCGGUUAACCCAAAGAUUGAUGUUGGAGUAGGUGUGCAUCCGUAUCAAUUCGGUUGGCUACUGGGCUUCUUUGCGACGGCCCUGGUUUAUCUAGUCCUGUCUCGGUUCUUCCCUGCCGAGGAAGCAAAGAUCGAUCGCGCAAUACUACCCGAGGAAGUCUACGAAGGAGCAGAUACUAACGUUGUUGUGGAGGGGUUGGAUACAGAUGCUAGUAGCACGGAGAAAGCAGCGGCACCGGCGGUAGAGAAGCAGCUGCCCGGUGACUUCAGCACGAAGAUUGUUUAG